CUACUUUCUCCUCCACUUCCGUCGCUAAUCCUUUUCCUCUAUAAAAUCUCCCCUCGCCGCGGCGACAAGGACCCAAGAAACACUCGAAGCGAAAGGUCAGAAGCUCACCAAAUCACUCAAUCCUCACUCAAGAAUCCUCGAUUCCGCUAAACCGCUAGUCAGAAAUCCCACCGACCAUGUCGCUGAUCCGCCGCAGCAACGUGUUCGACCCCUUCUCCCUCGACCUCUGGGACCCCUUCGAGGGCUUCCCCUUCGGCUCCGGCAGCAGCAGCAGCCUCUCCCCCUCGUUCCCGCGCACCAGCUCGGAGACCGCGGCCUUCGCCGGCGCGCGGAUCGACUGGAAGGAGACCCCCGAGGCGCACGUGUUCAAGGCGGAUGUCCCGGGGCUGAAGAAGGAGGAGGUGAAGGUGGAGGUCGAGGACGGCAACAUCCUCCAGAUCAGCGGCGAGCGCAACAAGGAGCAGGAGGAGAAGACGGACACCUGGCACCGCGUGGAGCGCAGCAGCGGCAGGUUCCUGCGCAGGUUCCGGCUCCCCGAGAACGCCAAGACGGAGCAGAUCAGGGCGUCCAUGGAGAACGGCGUGCUCACCGUCACCGUGCCCAAGGAGGAGGUCCAGAAGCCUGAGGUGAAGUCAAUCCAGAUCUCCGGCUAGAGAUCAUCGUGCUCGUGCCUGCGCUGCGUAACGAAGAAUGCUGCUGCCCUCUAGAGUCCGCCUGGGUCGUUCUGGCGAAAUAAAAAUCGGGUUCGGCGCUGUGGUCUCGUGUAGUGUCAAGAGUCCGCGUGAUGGGCGUGUGGUCCGAAUCGAAAUGUGAGUCCUGUAUCUGCCAUGGCAUGGUUGAAUCCAGUUUAUGUACAUUAGUGUGUCUGUGUGGUCUUUGUAUCGCCAUCUGGUAAUGAACUCCAAUGUCUUCGAAAUUUCCCUCUCGUUUUACUACCUGCUCACUGGUUUGGUAA